AUGUCGUCAGAAAAGCAAGAGGCCUCUACCAAGGGUGAGUCUAGAAAGGGCAUCCUGGGGAAAGGGACUGCAGGCACUUUCCUGCAUCGAUUCCGACCUUGGAAGCCAAAGUGCGCAAGAAACUCUGUCCAGGCAAAGCUACUGACAGGACCAUCUCCAUCAGAAUCGGAAGUCAACUCUUCCCCGAAUAUUUCGUUUGGCCCCGUUCAGCAUUAUGGCCAAGUCUCCUACCUGCACCCUGGGCAGUAUGCUUCGAACACCGGUUUCACGAGAGCCUUCAAAGGGCACAUCUCGACCACCAUCCACGGAGUUGAGACGAUCAUGCCAACCCAUGAGUAUCUGAGCCAUCCUCAGGAGACGCGCUCAACGAUCCUCAACCCUCAUCUUCGCCUGGAUUCCGGUUACUAUCCCCACCCUAUCAGCCCACCGCCCGACGCUCCUCCUCCGCCUCCUCCGAUCGACAUCACCACGGGGAAACCUUUCAAGUCGGAGUCUUCCAAGGCGUGUUCCGAGGCUGGUGCCGCGGAGAAGAAGUGUCCUCAAUGCCACCAUGCAAGUACUCCGGCUUUGACAGAUGGUGUUUGGAUCUCGUUAUUAGUCCGGGUCGGCUAA